AUGUCCACCAGGACCGGCGACGACACAGACACCGUCGGGAACAUAGAGGAGUUUCUCCAGCAGUGUUUGGAGGACAUGGAGCCAGACCACAGGUUCAAGGGCCCUGGCAGGCCGCGUAUCCUGCCCGCAAUGGCUCUGUGGGCGGGACUGCUGGUCUGUGUCCUGAGAGGCUUUGGCAAAGUCAACUGGCGGUGUGGCGUCUCAUCUCGGAACGCGGACUCUGGUUCUUCCCCCGAUUUCCCGGUUACAGACCAGGCGGUCUACAAGCGGCUCCAUAGCGCGGGAACCAAGCCACUGGAGAGGCUCUUCGAGCAGAUCAGCAGCGUGUUGGCAGAACGAGUGCAGGGGAUGGUCUCGAAUAGGCUGGCGCCCUUCGCCGAGGAGGUCGUGUGCAUAGACGAGAGUACACUGGACACCAUGUCGAGAAGGCUGCUCACUAUGAGAGACAUCCCGAAGGGUGACAGCCGUCUGCUCCCUGGCAAGCUGGCAGGCGUGUUCGACCUGAGACGCCAGCAGUGGCGGACCGUCAUGUUUCAGCCGGACCCACAUCAGAACGAGAAGGUGUUGGCGCGGGAGCUGGUGGAAGAGCUGCCGGCGGGAACACUGGUGGUGGCAGACUUGGGUACUUCGGCUUCGCCUGGUUGA